AAAGCAGCACGACCAGCAUCCAGGAAACACCUCUUGCGACUGGGCAGCUGCAUGCAGAAAUAGCUGCCUUACAAGAGCAGAUAAGAUAUUUGACCCUGGCAAAUGACAUUCUAAUUUCCGGACAAGCUGUCUUACUAGAGCAUAUAAGGAAUUUGACUUCCGAACAAGCUGUCUUUCUAAGGAAUUUGACUGAGAGCCAAAGCAAUCGAUCUUGUGGACAAAAUCCAGGAGACAGAUUUGAUAUUUGGAUACUCGUCACCGUCAACGUCAGCUUGAUUGUAUUCAUCCUUGGAAUAGGAGCCUAUCAGAACCGGAACCGUCUCAAGGAAUUGGUAUGCCGGAAACAGAACCAGAGACCGGAAAUUGGGAAAGAUGCGGAUGGAACAGACCACGACAGAAGGCGAAGGUACCUAGGAGGUCAUGAACUAGCGCCUACCUCUGCAAACAUCCAGAUUAGAAGGGACUCGGAGUCCUCGUCUGAUUGCUAAAUGGAGUGUUUGUUUUCUGAAUGAGAUGGAAGCUCAGGGACACCUCGAAAGCCGUUGUACAACUGGGAAAAAACAAGUCUUCUGGAUUACGGCCUGUCCUGUCAACUUUGAAACACAGCAAAAAGUCACUAUUGAAACUGAACAUUUUACAGGCUACAUUUUGGGAUUCUGUUUUAAAUUUUGAGUUAAGGAAAUGAAGUUUCCCAAUCAUUUUGUCUCCUCCUCCUCCUCCUUGCUCUAUUUUGUAUUUCAAAUGUAUAGGAAAUGGCAUUUAAAAGAACCCGAAAUUAAUUGUGCUUUUUAUACUUUUGAUUCACCCCUUUUGUCCACAAAUUGGUUUUAAAUAAUGUAUAUAUUAAAAAAAAUAUUUUUCAGAAGUUUAAAACAAAAAAAGAGUAGUGGAUGAUUUGUGUAAAAUAGCGUUUUGUACCUGUCUCCUAAACUUCACAAAUUUAUGUUAAUUUUUUAAGUUUCGUUAGUCAUCUUUUGGUCUCAUUUAAGUAUUAUGUGAGUAGCUGACCAAACAUCGUUGAUUCUCAUUUCCCCUUCUUUUUGUGUUUGUUAGUUUCUUGUAACACCUCUAGUCUCCGAAAAUCAUAUGAUCUAAUUAUGUUGCUUUACUUUUAUCUGCCGCUUAUACCCUUUUGGUGGUCGCGGGGAGAAAGACACGUAGCUCUGCCACCAGCCGGAGAGCUUGGGUCAGAGGGAUGCCAUGAGUUGUUAGUGUUUCCCUCACUCCAUCUAUCCAGGUCUUUCUCGGUCACCCUCUGAUCUAAUUGUGUUGCAAGUUCCGUAAAACACUUUCUUCAAAUAUUUAAACAUGACUUUAGUAUCGGGCACUGCAUAUGCUGAUGCUUCCUUGCUAAAUCAAAUAAUGACGAGCACGAGAAACAAAAAUUAAUUAAUCCGAUUAUUAUAAUUUAUGUUGUUCUGCUUCAUGUUUAGAUACUGAGGAUGCAGUGUGUGUGUGUGUGUGUGUGUGUGUGUGUGUGUGUGUGUGUGUGUGUGUGUGUGUGUGCGUGUGUGUGUGUUUGUGUGUGUAUAUGUGUGUUUGUGUGUGUUAUAUUUAUGCAUAUCUAUCAUCAUCGUUGUGCUGUGAUAGUAUGAGUGCUUGCUUGUGUGAUACUGAUAGUCUUAAUUUACGGGGCGUCAACAUUCAAUAUCUGUUCAGCCGCCCAUCCUCUAUGAAUAUACUUCCGAGAUACUUAAAUUUUUCGACCUGUCUGGGAAAGUUGCUUUUUAUGUGUAUCCUGAGUGGUCCUGGCUUUCUGCUUACUUCCAUUGUCUCUGUAUGGUUGAUGUUGAUCUUCAUGUCAUAGUUGUUACAUUCUUCGUUUAAUCUGGUGGUGUGGUGUUCAUCUCUGUGUGCCAGGCUUUGGUCAUCAGGGAAGAAUAAUUCAUUUAGGGCGUCUGGUUCUGUGUUGGCCACAUUUGUACCUUCCUAAAUAAACACAAUUUCGAAAUUUUCAA